AUGUUUCUCUCGUCGAUUCUCCGAAAGCCGGUCUUCUUUUGGCAAAUCCACAGAAAUUCCCUUCACCUCUACCCAUGUCUUUUACGGCAGACUGUCGACUAUUCCAAGGUUCCGGUCCUGAAUGAAAAUGAGCUUGAAGAACAGUUUGUGAAAGGUCAUGGACCAGGUGGCCAAAAUGUCAACAAGCGGUCAAACUGUGUGCUUUUGAAACAUCUUCCGACUGGAUUAGUUGUGAAAGCGCACCAGGCAAGACUGCUGGACACCAAUAGAAGAAUAGCCCGUGAAUUGCUAGUAGAUAAGCUAGACCAGCUCAGAAACGGAGAAGAAAGUGUGGCAAGCCAGAAGAAACGAAUCGAGGAGCGGAAAAGUAGUAAAAAUGAGUCCAAGAAAAGAAAAAUGCAAGAGCUCAAAGCUGCUUGGAAAGAGCGAGAGGGCAAUUUGCAGACCAAGGUGCAAUUUGCAGUAGAGAAAAAGAUUUUUACUGGAUUCAGUCUUCUGCAAAACCCAAUCUUUAAUAUCGUGCGUUUCAUGAGCACCAUUGAUUAUUCAAAAGUUCCAACAAUAGACGAGGCUGAUCUUGAAGAGCAAAUAAUCCGAGGCAGUGGCACUCAUAAAGACACCAACUGCAUUUUAAUCAUUCACAAGCCAACAGGAAUUGUAGUCAAAGGAUCAAAGUCAAGGAAUCUGAUCGAAAAUCGCAAAAUUGCUCGAGAAAUUUUGAUUGAAAAGUUAGAUCAAAAACUAAAUGGCGAGAAAAGUGUUGCUGCCCAGAAGAAACGGGUGGAGGCACGUAAAAGCAGCAAUAGAGAUUACAAGAGGAAAAAAUUGCAGCAGUUGAAGGAAGCGAGUAAAGCAAACCAAGUAGAAUAAAUUGUGGAAAAUUACAAAUAAACCUUUUAUUGAGAAAUUUUCUCAA